CUUCCUAGGUAAACGUCUUAAGUGUUGACCUAAUUCCAUAAUGAGUGAUGAUUUAGUAGCAACGUUCGGUAUAGUUUGUUUGAUUUGUAUCAUCAACAUGAUUAAGUUAUUCCAAGGAUGGUGGCUGAGGAGAUGAAGCUGCGUAACGCAGAGAUCCCGUACAACCUGCGGGACCCCCUUGAGAUCCUAGGGGAGAGGGACUUCCAGCCAGCCAAACAGAUCCCGGAGGAUGUCAAGGGUUCUGAUAUCCAGGAAUUCUUCCGAGGUGCCCGUGUCUUCAUCACCGGAGGGACGGGGUUUCUGGGGAAGGUGGUUUUGGAGAAACUUCUCAGGAGUAUUCCUCACAUUGAUCAUGUUUACCUUCUCAUCCGACCCAAGAAGGGACAACAAGUCAACGACAGACUCAACGCCAUCUUCGAGGACAGAGUGUACAGGAGGCUGAAGACAGAGGUCCCCUGGUACCGCAGCAAAGUUUCCGCGUUGGAAGGUGACGUUUCAUUGUUAGGACUAGGAUUGAGCCCUAGAGAUCGUCAGUUGGUUAUCGACUCAGUGAACGUAGUGAUUCACGGAGCAGCCACAGUUCGGUUCAACGAGCCGAUCAAGACGGCUACCACCAUCAAUGUUCAGGGAACCCGGGAAAUCUUGGCUCUGGCCAGGGAGAUCAAGAAUCUCAAGUCGAUGGUGCACGUAUCCACAGCGUUUGCGAAUUGUAACCACCUCCACAUUGAGGAGAGGUUCUACGACAUGCCGACGUCCUACGAGGACCUCAGUCAGCUGCUGAAGACCAAGGAUGAGGCGGAGUUGGAGGCGCUCACACCCAGUUUACUGGCAGACUGGCCGAACACUUACACAUUCACAAAAGCUAUGGCUGAACAAGUCGUAAAUAAAGAGGGGAGAGGACUUCCCAUCACUGUCUUCAGACCUGCAGUUGUUAUAUCAUCGUACAAGGAGCCUGUCCGAGGCUGGAUAGACAACGUGUACGGCCCGACAGGUCUAAUGGUUGGUCUAGGGACCGGAGUGAUACACACCUACUUCGGAGACGAGACGCACGUGACGGACAUUGUACCUGUGGAUCUGGUCACCAACGCUCUCCUUGCAUCUGCCUGGCGAGCUGGAACUAGAAUAGAAGGGGACAUUCCGAUAUACAACUACGUCAGUUCUAGCCAAAACCCCAUAUCCUGGAAAACGUUUCACGUCUUAGCCCACAAGUACGGACCCAACUGGCCGACAGUUCAUGCCAUCUGGUACUACUUCUUUAUGAGCUUUGAGAACCCUUAUGCCUUCAUGAUCGCCAACUUCCUCUUCCACACGUGCUUCGGCUAUAUCAUGGACGGACUGGCAAUAAUUACGGGUCGUAAACCUAUGCUGACAAAAAUAUACAGAAAACUGGACAAAUUCGCAGACACUAUGACAUAUUUCGCCAACAGAAUUUGGACUUUCAAAAAUGACAACACCCAAAAACUAUGGCGAACUCUCAGUGAAAAGGACAAGGAGUUAUUUUUCUUUGACAUCGGCAAGAUGUCGUGGGAGUACCAUGCACAAGCUCUGUGUCUAGGAUUGCGAGUGUAUCUGCUUAAGGAUGACAUUGACACUCUUCCAAGGGCAAGGAGGAAGUGGAACAGGUUGUAUUGGCUCCAUCUAGCUGUGACCACUUUCUUGUCCUUGGUCACGCUCAAACUUGUCGUGACCUUCCUGCGGUAUCUCCCACUGUGACCAGCUACGUGACAUCACGUAUUCAACUCUCUGUGAUCCGAGAUGGAACAGCGUCAAGACUAUUUAUUUUGUUUCAUCUAAGGAAAAGUCAUAGACCAUUGUAUUAUUGAAAUUCCCUGUCAAAAUAUUUUAUUUAAGUUUCAAUGUUACCGUAGUGUUUAGUUAAGAUGUGUAAUGUACAUGAGUAAGUAAAACCGAAAUCUAAAAUUUUACAUUGUGUGGACACUGAGAAGAAAAGCGAACUUUAGCCAAACAUCACAUUUUUGCGAUAAAAUAUACAUUUUUCACUAAUAAGCUACCCUUAACCAUGUAUUAUUAACUCUACAUACAAAACUAUAGUUGGAAAUUGCUCACAAGCUAUUGCUUUAAGAAAGUGUCUUGCCACUGUAUUAUUUUCUUAGUAUAUUUACUUAGGACCACUCUAGAUUUUAGUCCUCAUUCUAUUUACACUUGUGAAUUAACUACUUUGAAAAAUAAAGUUUUAUUACAAGAUCAA